AUGGUCGGAGUCAGGGACGUCACCGAGUUGAUCAACAACCCGCCGUUUGAGCUGAGCGCCGCGGACAAGGAAUCCCUCCUGACGAGGGAGGAGGACUACAUCCCCCACACAUGGGAGGAGAUCAAGCAGGUCAUCGCUGACGGGGACAUGUCCGUUUUGAAACGAGGCCCUACCGACCUGCGCAACUACAUCCUCUGGACCCGCGACACGCGGGCCAAAUACGGCUCCGCGACGAACUUCAUCCUCCACGAGCGGCUGCAAUGGGGCACGCCGGUGGACGGCAAGCUCUCGUGCCUGGACCCGGUGCCCUUCGCCAACCCGGCUGACUAUCGGGUCCUUCGCAACGACUGGCCCUACGGCACCACCCCGGAUAUCACCCAUCUCGUGGUGUGGCUGCGGACCCCACUGGCGGUGGACGAGGAAGGGGAUCCCACCCCGGAGUCGCGGCAGCGCAUCACGGACUUCCUGAAAAAGACCUUCGGCGUCUCGGGGGACGGUCAAGGUGACGAUCGCCUGCUUUGGUUCAAGAACCGGCAAAAAUGGCAGAGCGUGCGGGCCAUCGAGCAUAUCCACGUCCUCCUGCGUGGCGCAGACGAUGCCUUGAUUACCAAGAUCACGGGGCAAACCCAAGACGAUAUGAACUGCCGCGCCUACGUCCCCGAGUGAUGUGGUCGCAUCCGGGUCCUUCGACUAUCUCUGGUCCAUCUGGAGAAGACGACAGGGAGGGGUACAUUGCCUGGCUCAUCCAGUGGCGUCUGAGGUUUCCCCGCAGGGUAACAGAUGCCGUCAUCGGAACAGCUCCAUAGAUUCUAUUAGAGGAAAUUAAGAUUAAGAAAUGCCACCCGGGCUUAGCCACUGAUUCGAACCCCAAGGGCGUAGUGAUAGAUCCCGAGGAUGGACGCUGCUCAGAGUGCAUGCGGACGGAAUCCCCUGGAGGGAG